GUCGUCCCUCCAUCACUCUUCUUUCUCCCCGCUUUAAUGUCCUUCUCGCGAUCUUGGGAGCAGUGUUUCUGCUCCUACUCUUCCCUCGUUUAUCAUAUCUCGACGUACUUGUUUGUUGAACUCUACUCUCUCUCUGUUCCAUUUCCGGGAACCGCUGUGCGACUUCUCUUGGAUCACAUUCCACAAGCUCGUGGUACCCAGUUAGAACCCUCGUUUGACUCGGCACACCUUGUUCAACAUUGACCUGGAGUCGAGAUUCGACUCGAAGCGACCCAAGCGAACUGCCCCCGACCGAUCCGCACUGUCAUAACCCCCGGCCCAUCGAAAACGAGGGGUGCGCCUGAUCCUCGCGCAACUAUUUCUAUCACUCAUUGGCGGUCUUGCCUCUCAGAAUAGGUGUCAUGGGAGCCAAUUUGCCGCCGCCGCAUCGCUGCUUCAACAUGAGGAACCCAUUCGCGAGAAUCGUCUUGCUCGCAGUCGCAGCCGUCUUCAUUGUGUUCUUGAUGAUUCGAUCGGACGCUAUUGACGUGCGGGCGGCCAUCCUGAGGACCGCCAAGGGAGCAAAGGAGGCAGGCUCCUCACAGCAUCCGUUGCAUGGACAGAGCAGCGAUGUAACCGGUACCAAGGAAACCACAGACUCCGCCGGUGCCUCCUAUACAAAUUCGUCGCGGCCUUUCAUCAUGUCCUGUGACUACGACAUGAGUCGUUUGCAGGAGCUUCAGGAAAAGUACAGCCUGCAGACCAAAUUCGAGUACACCAAACGAUACGUCAGGAUCUCUCGACAGGACAUAGAGCGCAAAUCAGUCACGAAACUCGACCAGGACUUCAUGCCAGAUUCGGUGAAGGUCAUUGACCUGAAGAAACAGUACAAGAUGGAGACAUGUCCGGAGCCAUUGGCGGUCCCGGUCACCCGGUCUCCCUUCCCCUCCAAUGCCAAUGCUUCCGACUUCAUCUUUGGUGUAUCGACAACUUACAAUCGCUUCACCGACCCGGCGACAAGCUCAAUCAAUGAGUGGACGUACUGGUUGACCGACGGGAGAGGCCACUCGAAUGGUGGGAAGCUGAUUUUGAUGCUGCUGGGGGCCGCCGAGCGGGAGUUGGAGGAUGCCUACAGCAGGCUCUCGGCGGUCGGUAUCAACGUGGAUGUCUACCAGUCCGACCCGUCCAUGGAGAUGGCGGUGCGCUACCUCACCUUGGUUCCCAAACUGUACAACCACCCGGACCGCAAGGCCCGAAAGUGGAUUGUUACCUGCGACGACGACACCUUCUUCCCCUCCUUCAACGCCCUGGUCGAGAGGUUUGAGGAGUUCGACCAUGAACAGCCCAUGUACAUCGGCACCCUGUCUGAGGAUGUCAACAACAUAGAGCGCCACGGUUCCCAGGCCUUUGGAGGAGCCGGCGUCUUCCUCAGCACACCACUGGCCAAAAUGAUUGCGGAUAAGUACGAGAGUUGCAAAGUUGACGAGAAGAUAAAGGAGUCCAACACGGGCUGGGGACCGCAGGGUGACAUCCUGCUGCGCAAGUGCAUCUAUGACAAUUCCGAAGUCAAGCUCACCGUCCUACCAGACCUGUGGCAGUUGGAUCUCUAUGGCGACCCGUCUGGAUUUUAUGAGUCGGGUAUCAAGCCCCUGUCGCUGCACCACUACCGGGGCGGCGGCUGGCACAUUGCAUUCCCGUGGCAGACCACCAAGGUGGCUCACCUCUGCGGGGAGGAUUGCAGCCUACAGCGCUUCCGAACCAGGGACGAUUUUGUCAUCUCCAACGGUUUCUCGAUCGCCUACUAUCCUAAGGGGAUUGAUUUCGACAUGAACCAAUUUGAGAGGACAUUUAAUCCGGCCCCACGGGACAAGGGUUGGAAUCUCGACCUAAGAUUCGGCCCUCAGCGGAAAUCGCUCCACAAAACGGGGCGCAAGAUAUCAUGGGACCUCCAAGAAAGCACCGUCAACGACGACGGGGGCGUCAGCCAGAUCUAUGUUCGCAAAAGCGACGACUGGCGCUGGAAGACCAAAAGCGACGAGCCCAUGAGCGACUUGGACGGCAUCAUCGAACUUGUCUGGAUCUCAUGAGGCUUUUCUCUCCUGUAUUUUCAUCCCUUCUGGAUCUCCUCAUCAUCCAUUCGGCGCAUUUUCCUCGUAACCGAGUCUUCUGCUUGUUAUUUUGACCGGGCUUCCUGAUUCAU